GUUGAUAAAUCUGCGGUCACACUGCUUGUGAAUCACAAGUGAAAAUUAAGUAAAAAAGUGAAUUUUAAACAUUCAAAAAUCAAACGAUUGGCAACAAACGUUAGCAACAAUAAGCCCACACAAUGGCCGCCACACUGAAACCCUAUCUUACUGCCGUGCGGCACUCGCUGACCGCCGCCAUGUGCCUGCAGGAUUUCCCCUCCCAAGUUGUAGAGCGCCACAACAAGCCGGAGGUAGAGAUCUGCUCCAGCAAAGAGCUGGUGCUCACGCCCAUUGUGGUGUCCCGCAACGAGCGGGAGAAGGUGCUGAUUGAGCCAUCGAUCAACUCGGUGCGUGUGAGCAUCUCCGUGAAGCAGGCGGACGAAAUCGAGAAGAUACUGUGCCACAAGUUCACGAGGUUCAUGAUGCGCCGCGCCGAAUCCUUCGUCAUAUUGCGCCGGAAGCCAAUCGAGGGCUACGACAUUAGCUUCCUCAUCACCAACUUCCACACGGAGCAGAUGUACAAGCACAAGCUGGUUGACUUUGUGAUCAGUUUCAUGGAGGAGAUCGACAAGGAAAUCAGCGAAAUGAAGCUGGCAGUGAAUGCCAGGGCUAGAACAUGCGCCGAGGAGUUCCUCAAGCGGUUCUAGGGUGGACACACAGUGGUAUGCACGCACGCACCCAUUUCCAAGUGGAUUGAAGAAUAAAGACGGAUUUUGUAUAUGUUAAAGUUAAAUUUAUUAAAAACAUUCCUGGGGC